CAUGACAACAUCUACCUGAAAUCAGAACGUGUGGUUUCUGCGGACAUGAAGAAGAACCUGGUAAUUUUUCACUUUCCUAUCUUCAAAAAACGGGCCAGCACAGUCCGAGAGAGAGCUAGAUGCUUACGCAAGAUGAGAGAAGCAAGAGAACUCCAUAAAAAGAACACCAACAGUGACUCGUCCCAUUCCCACACCUGCAACUCUGAGAACGCACCAGAGCCGGAGUCUUGUGACCAAUCUUGUCAGAAUGGUAGUCUCAAAGACCUGGCCUCACAGACUCACAGUUCAUCCCCCGAUGUGCUGCCUCGCAUUCAGACUCACCCUCACACUAUCUGGAGCAACUCUGCUGCUGUCCAGACACCACAUGGGAACUCUGUUCCUCACAGGAACUCUUACAACACCACUACUGAGGACUCUAGUGCUUCCUCAAACCCCUCUUUCCCACCUUACCCCCUCCAUCCACCUCUUAGAGGUGUAUCGAAGGCUAUGUCUAAAACAGUGAGGAUGACUCUGGUGAUUGUGCUUGUCUACACCUUGUGCUGGUCACCCUUCUUCAUUGUACAGCUGUGGGCUGCCUGGGACCCCAAUCCUCCUGACCAAGGAGUGGCUUUCACUAUCCUGAUGCUGUUAGCCAGUCUAAACUCCUGUACAAACCCAUGGAUCUACACAGCCUUUUCCAGCAGCGUGUCCCGUGAACUUCUCGCUCUGUUGCGCUGUCGGCCAAAGCUGCCCCGCAGGAGCUCAAUGCAUGACCACUCCAGUGACAUAAACACCUCCACUACCAAGGACAACCAGUCUUGACCCCUACAGAAUAAACUAAAAUUGAGUGUCAGCAGAGAUGGCGAUUUAUACGGGUGUAUCUGUCCUACGCAUGUGGAAGACAUGUUGUCAUGAGAUAUUGCCACAUCUUCUAUUCAGAGUAUCUGCCGAUGCCACUUUAAUCAAGUGAACUGUGAAGAGUGGCUUAUUACUGACCAAACAGGACCAAUGUAUGGCAUAAAGAUGAAUUCAUGAGGAUCUUAUGCAAAAAUAGACCUCUGAGUAUGAGACUGAUCUUUGCCGUCUCAUGAAACAGGAUAAAGAAGAGCUUACUGACUGUCAUAAUAAACUUAAUUAAACUAUAAGAAAAUUUUAAAUAAUUUAUUAAACACUAUAUUUCAUCGAAGUAUU